AUGUAUCACCAGACCGGCGGGCAGCCAGCCCAAUAUGAUAACAGGCGCGAGCAAAGUCCAGAGCAAAAUGGACCCAUCCCCAACACAAGAAGAUCAUACGGCCUCGGCUUGAGCGGUCCAGGCAUGGACGACGCCGAAAGCAGCAUUGCAAGGGGUCAGCCAACAUACGAGCCAUGGUCCGGGCCCGAGCCCAUGGAGCCGCUGGCCAACUCUCCCUCGACAGCAUACUUCCCCUGGGGCGCGCAGCCGACAAUACACGACCCGAGGCUCCAUCCCGCCUCUUCGCAAUCCCAUCUGGUCCCCGCCAAGCAGCCGUCCUACGCGUCGUUCCAUCCACAAGACGAUGCGUGGGAGGGCGCCUCGGUGCAUCGCGCGCAUCGCGACUACUGGGAGUCGUCGGCACUGCAGCCCUCUACGUCCACUUUCGAUCUGGGCUACGUGGAGCCCAUGCACAGGAUUCAACUUCCUGCAACCAGCCAGUUUUCGGAUGCCAAGAAGCGUCAGCACGACGGAGGAGUCGUGACAAAGCUCUACGAGUACGGUCUGCAUGAUGAGCACGGUAAAAAGACGGUCAAGUUCUGGACGCUCAUCUUGGCAUUCGCCAUCACCGUUACGCUCACGGCGCUCGAUAUGACCAUGAUCUCCACCGCACUCCCGUCGAUCGUCGAGGACUUGCCGGCGUCCGAGAUCGCGGGUGGCUGGAUCACGUCGGCGUACCUGCUGACCGUGACGGCGUUCCAGCCCAUGUUUGGCGGACUCUCGUGCGUGAUUGGCCGCAGAUGGUCGGCUGUCCUCGCAGUCGUACUCUUCAUCGGCGGCAGCGUCAUGUGCGGCUUUGCGCACAGCAUCCUCUUCCUCACCAUCGGUCGCGGCGUCCAGGGACUCGGCGGAGGCGGCAUCCAGGCCAUCGGAGAGAUCACGGUGUCCGACAUCACAUCGCUCCGAGAGCGCGGCUUCUUUGUCGGCAUCUUUGGCCUGGUCUUUGCAGUUUCCUCCUUCGUAGCGCCGGUGCUGGGCGGAUACUUUAGCGACCACGACUGGCGCUGGAUCUUUUGGAUCAACAUCCCCAUUGGCGCACUCGCGCUGCUCAUGCUGAUUCCGACCAUGAACCUUCCCAUCCCCUCGAUGCCCUUCAAGACCAAGCUCGCCAAGAUGGACAUCGCAGGCAAUGUGGUGCUGCUCGGCUCCGUUGUCAGCAUCCUCAUUGCAGUCACCGAAGGAGGUGUGACUCACCCGUGGAGCAGCAUGAGGAUCUGGAUCCCCAUGGUCGCCGGUAUGGCAGGCUUCGUGCUGUUCCUGCUCAUCGAAUUUAUCCCCAACCCGCUGUGUACGCAGCCCGUGCUGCCGCUGCGUCUGUUCGGGAACAGGACUGCAUUCUCGGCCUUCCUCAUGACGUUUGUGCAUGGCAUUGCGACGUACGGCGCAAUCUAUGCGCUGCCGAUCUACUUUCAGGCGAUCCGCGACGAGAAGCCUCUGCGCUCGGCAGUGUCGACCUUCCCCUCCACCGCACCCACGGCGCCGUUUGCCAUUGUCGCAGGCAUUGCCAUGGCCAUCACGGGCAAGUAUAAAAACCUCACGCUCAUCGGAUGGUCCUUCUCGGCCGCAGGAUUCGCGUGGAUGACGCGCUUCCAGACAGGAACAGCAGAGUGGGAGCUCGUAGUCGCCCAGAUCGUCGCCGGUGUCGGCAUCGGCAUCCUGUUUGCCAUCACGCUGCCGCCCAUCCAGGCGAGCUUACCCGUCGAGGAGCUCGAGACUGCCACGGCGACCUAUGCCUUCUGCCGCUCCUUCGGCGCCAUCUGGGGCAUUGCCAUCACCACGUCGGUGCUCACCGCCGACGUAAGUGCCAAGCUGUCUACAGUGCCGGGCGUCGCCGAACUCGGUCUGACGGGCCCGACGGUACUCGGGUAUGUGGAGAACAUCAAGAACCUGCCCGAAGCGAUGCGCGAGCCUGUAAGGCAGAUGUACGCCGACGGCCUGCAGAAGGGCAUGUACGCAUUCAUGCCCGUGGUGAUCGUCGGCUUUGUGUGCUGCUUCUGGAUCCAGGACGUGCCGCUGCCAGACUUUAUGCGCGGCGAUGCAGCGGAUGAAAAGCAGCACGAGAAGAACAAGGAUCGCCAGAGCGUGCAGCAGGCAGAGCAGGGCUCGUUCCACAACUACGGCACAGCGCAGUAUCAGGAGAAGCACCUUGGAGGACACGGAGCUGGGUCCGAGAGCCAGGAUACGACGCUCGUCGAGUCCGCCGGGCAUGCGCAGACGGCACAAGCGCCGCUGGAGGGAUUAUUCGACAUCGUGCAGCAUCACCAUCAUACCCCGCAAACACCAGAGGGUUACGCUUCCCACGCUUUCAAGUACGACGCCUCCCCCGACCCCUCCAAUUUUGCGUGGGACGAAAAGCGCGAUGAACAUCACAUCCUCACUAUGCCCCCUCGUGCGCAUUGGUAG